AAGCUGUAAUUAUGUCUUUAUCUUCAGUACCAUGUCGUCUCCAACAUCCACACCAAGUCGAAGACAAAGCAAACGGGGGAGGAGCAGCAAUCCCUCAACUCGUAAGUAACUUCUUAUUAUUCUUACAGCGAUUCGCUCACAAUGUUUAUAGAUGAUCUUGUGUAUGGGGUGCUUAACCUUGACUAUUUAGCAUUUGUACUACAUUUCCCUUCAAUCUUUGCCAGUUAGUUUGCAGCAUAUUUUAGAUAAUAUAGCCCAUCUGAUGAAAUGUCAAGGUUGUAUUCUCUUAAUGUAGUAGAAAUGUUCAUGUUCAUUUGGGCUCAUGUAUAUCAAACAGGAGAAGACCCCCCCCCUUCCCCCCCAUAGGUGAUGCUCAUUAGCAUCUGCAUACCUGCAUGUGCUUAGGAAUAUAGAAAUUAUGAAGGAAAAAAAAACAUUAAUUUCUGUUAUAGUGUAUGAACAUUCUAAGGCUCAAAUUUUCACUAGCCAUUCCUCUUGUGUUAUGGAUCAUCAAGGCUUACAGUGGUGAAUACAUUUUUCAGGUGUUACUAGUAGAGUAGGACUUUAAUUUGCCCUGAAUGAUGCCUGAUAUUGAUAUUCAAAGUGUGAGAAUUUAUACUAGUGAGAGAGAGAGAGAUAUAUAUUAAAAAACUUGGUGACUUUAGUAUAAAUUAUUUCAUUUUUUUGGUUAUGUUCAGAGUAUAAUAUGUUUUCUGUUUGCUGAUUUUUCUUUAUAUUUUUUCAGCCCGAAGUGAGGAUGUACAGUCUCCUCCGUCACAGAAACGGCGGACUGAGGACUCCACAUCGAUGGGAGAGCUGCUGCCAAUGCCGACAUCCCCAUCUGGUGACCUUCAGAGUCCCAGUGGACAGGAAUUGUUGUUUUCUAGCCCUGCACCAUCAAGGCAUUCUGGUAUGUUGUUUCAGCACUUUUUUUUUUUAAUGAAAUAUACACUUCGGAGGGAUUGUGCCAAAAUAUUGGUGUUUUGUUUUGGUUUUUGUUUGUUUUUUUUACUUAGGUGUGUCCUGGGGGGGUGAUUUUAUUUAUUUUUUUACAAAAUUUAUUUAUUUUAACUUUUUCCACCAUGCUACUAUAUGAACAGUUGUGAGUGAAACGUUUGAGAACUUUUUUUUCUUUGCUUUAGCCUCAAGUUUGAUAGUUUUUAUUUUCCUUCCAAGUCAUGAAUUAGAAGUUAAAUAUUUUUUUUUUUUUUUUUGUCAAUCCGUUUUUAUUGAGGCACAGAUCAUAAUGACAGUGAACCGUGGUGACAUUAAUGCAGAGACUUAUUGAAUAUGUGCGACAUACGUAUGACAUUUCAGAGAUUAAACUAUGAUUGCACAGUGGGAAACAGCAUAUCACGCUCAGUAUUUUAAGGGACUUCAUAGAUUAACUGUCUUGGUACUAAAGUGCUUCAACUUUUUUAUAUUUGGUAGCUGGUGGUGCCUCCUUCUGCAGCAAUGACUUCAUCAACAUGUUUAUUGUACCCCACACAUACUUGGAUGUGGUUCUGGUCUUUUUUUAAUAAAGAUGCUUCAGGGUACUAAUAUUUCAAGGCUGCAUAAAUAAACUGCUACUUUUAGGUCAUUUCAGGUAGAAUAUCCUAUUUUGGGGGAAAUUUCCUUGCAUGCAUUUUACAGUUAGGCAUGGUUGACCUUUAGUGGUAUGAGCAGAAUCUAUUCUAUUUCUUAGUGUUCGUGGAACACUGGAAGGACCUAAUAACUUUUAUUAGAAUUGCCAAAAAAUAUAUACAUCAGCAAUAUUAACCCUAAUGAUGUGUUCUUGCACAUUUGGUGGUAUCCAUGUCUAAGAGGAGAUAAUGAGUCAUGGAAAUUGAGCAUCAGGGGUAACAAAUACAUUCAUUUGUUGACUAUUCAACAUCGAUGAUGCUGUAAGAACUUACUUUUUAUUUAAGCAGAAGAAGAGGUCUUUAUUGUGCUGUAUGACGUGCAUUCUCUGAGAUUUUCUGCUAAAGUACAGAAUCAGUUCCAUCAGUGGCUGCAAAUCUGCUCUUAACCACAAUACAUUCACUGCCAUGCUUCAUGAUUGCAAUGAGGUACCUGUAUGGAAUGCAGCAUAUAGUUUUACUAAACAUCUUUAUCGCAUUUUUGCCGAAAAAACAGAUGGUUUCAUCUGUAAAUUUUUCAAAAAGCAAGACGGUGUGGUUAGUAGAAAGAUAAAUAAUGGUGCUGAAUUCCUCCAUUUGCAUUAUCUGCAUGUCUGUUGAUUAGUAGACACCCAAGUCUUUAUUAACCCCUUAAGGAUGCUGGAUGGAAAAUUUCUGUCCAAAACUAAAAUUAACCCCAGAUCGCGGCAGUCGUGGGGUUAAUGUUCCUGUAGUAUGUCUCCAUGUCGGGGGCACACUGCUAUGGUCAGUUUCAUUUUCACAGCCCAUGUGAUCGCUCUGACUGGGAGUCAGAGCGAUCAAAUGUGCUGCAGUGAAACAGAGCUGUGAAGUGCAGACACAGAUUGGUGCUGAUCUCUCUCUAGCUGUGUGUGUGUAAAAAAAAAAAAAAGUGAUGGCAAUAAAAUCCCACCCUUCCUUGCCAUUUGAUCACUGUCUGCAGUGAUCAAAAUACAGAUAACCGUAUUUCAAUGUGUAUUUUUUUUAUUUUAUUUUUUUAUCCUCAGGGGUUACAUUUAUUUACUUAAAUAUUUGUAAAACAUUUAUUUAGCUAGGGUGGGUAGAAGUUAGUGGGGACAUUGGGGAAUUUAUUGUUCGACUAGUUAGGGGUUAAAAAAAGGUGGGGGGGAGACUUGAAAAGUUUUAAAAUAGUAAAAUAAGUUGGUAAAAAAAAAAAAAAAAAUUUGUUCUAUGUGUAUAUGCCAAAAUAGAGAAAAAGAAAAUCACAAUUUUACUCCAAUAUUUAGCCUGUGAUGUCUACUUUAUAUAAAUAUAUACUUUUGUGUGGCAAUUUUGUUUUUUGUAAUGGGUAUUAAACAUCCAAGACAAACAUCCCAACUUCUAAAAUUGUUUCACAUUGAAAUUUUAUUUUAGACCUUGUAGUUUGUGACCUGUAACUUAUAUUAUGUACUUUGUAAAUCAAGACACAUAAAUGAAUUGAUUUUGAAUUACUUUUCCUAAGCUGGACAUAUUAUGCACAUUAUUAUUGCCAAAACUUGGGGGGAGAAAGCCUUUUUCUGGGGGGUUUUUCCCCCCAUUAUUUUGCUUUUUUUUCUGUAAUAAAUGAGAAUUUAUAUAUGUAUAUGUCACACCAAAUUAAAGCCCUGUUUGUUGUCUUAAAAACGGUAUAUAAUAUGUGUUGGUACAAUAAAUGAGAGAUGCAAAAAUUCCUUGUGUCCUUUUAAGGGUAUGUUCAGCUUUCUAGAGCUGUGUCUUUAAGGGGUUAAUGGGUUUGUAACCAUAUUCUUCAAAGUGCUUGGAAAACAUCCAGGGCAUGAUCACUUUAUAAAUUUGUCACUGAAGGUUGUAUUUAUUUUACAGUAAGGGAUCCUUAAUGUAUACAUGUCGGAUACCUGAUUUUUAAGAAAUUUUAAUCGAUUAGUAUUGGGAUUUGGGUAAAGAUCACAUUUUAUGCUAAAGUAAUGUCGCAGUGUGGGUAAUUUUGAUUGGUUUUCAAAGUGUCAUCAUUGUGAACACUGGACCACAGAAUACAAUGGCAUUUCAAAAAAAAAAAAAGAUAAAAAUGUCUAUAAAUAAAUUUAAUUUUUUUUUUUAAUGUACAAUGUUUAUUUUUAUCUUUUCAGCUCUUCCCAGUGAACUUGACAUGAGCUCUCCAUUGACAUAUGGAACACCUAGCUCAAGAGUUGAGGGCACACCGAGAAGUGGCAUUCGGGGAACUCCUGCUAGACAGAGACCUGAUCUUGGAUCAGCUCGUAAAGUGAAGCAGGUGGAUUUGCAAUCAGACCAGGUUAGUAGUGGAUGCAUAUUUUGUAAUCUUAUGUUACCUGAAUUGUUUAGUAUCUAUAAACCACUUGUAUUUUUAUCUUUGUAGCCUGUUGAAGAAGAAUUAGUGACAAGUGAGCAGAACGUGGGACAGAAACUUGUGAUUUGGGGAACAGAUGUUAAUGUUACCACAUGCAAAGAGAAAUUCCAGGUAAAUGCUUGUAAAAGGUUUUUGCAUGUUGUGACUAAAGUCCUCUAAUGUGAAUACUUCCUAUCCUGCACUCUUUGUCAAUUCCUGUAUUUUCUCUAUCCUCCCAUUUCAGUCUGGUUUUAACAUUUGAAAUGCUUAGUUCUGAAACAUAAAAUGCAAAGCAACAGAGAUAUCAAACACAUCUUACUCUUCAACAUAUACUUUAGGUAAAGCAGAUUGUCCAUUUGUCACCUUUCUCACAGAUAUGUGUGCAGUCAGAAGUGAGGGGAACUUUAAAUAUUUUUUUUAAAAAUUAUUGAACAAAGUAAAGCUGAUAAAGAUUUUAGUAACCCUUGAAUAAGAUUCUUCCCUUUUACAGAGUAUACUACUUGGUUUGUAAGGAUUUUACCAGAGCAAAUACAAUGAGUUUUUUUGGCAAUUUUACAUAUUCUGGGAUGCUUAAAAUGUUUUGUUUUUUUGUAGCGAUUCAUCCAGCGAUUUAUUGAUCCUAAUGCAAAAGAGGAGGAAAAUGUUGGCUUGGAUCUGAAUGAACCACUCUAUAUGCAGAGACUGGAAGAGGUAUAUAAAUGCAACCUUUCUUGAAAUUUAAAAGACCUCUUGUAGAAUGCAUUUUGUAACAUUACAUUUUCUUAUUUUAGAUUAAUAUGAUAGGGGAGCCAUUCUUGAAUAUUGACUGUGACCAUCUGAGAACAUUUGACCAAGAUCUGUAUAGGCAACUGGUUUGCUAUCCACAGGUAGAGUAAUAACUGACGAUAUGGAUAUAAAGUGUGUGUGUGUGUGUGUGUAUUUUAUUUAAUCGGUAUAAUAAAACUUUUCAUCUGAGAUUGAGGAAUUUGCACAUUUAGACAAAAUCAAUCCUAACAGUUCUAAGUUGUCAAAGAAUAGUAAUAAAUUGUAACUGAGUAUUUAUCGAAACAGGGCUAGUCUAUGGAUGAACAAAUCUAUUUGUUCCAGAAUUUCUUAACAAAUUGAUUUAAUACAUAAACAGGCAUUUGAUCCACUCGACACAGCUCAAAGGGAUUUGUGCACAAGUGUAUUGUCUUCCAUAAGCAAUCCAGCAUAAAAACACUCCUUAUUAGCUGGCCCUAUCUUACUGAUUCAAUUUUGAAAGUUAAGUAUAACUUUUGUUUAUGCAAAGCUGAAUUGAAAUUCUUUAAUGCGUGUCAUCUGUAGAUGGAAUUUUACAUAGUUAUUACAUCUUGAAGACAAGGCAUGCAGACUCCUUAUUUAUAUUUUGCAAUGGAUCUGCCCAAAGGGUCUAUUAGAUUUUCCUCAUGUAACAAAGAUUCUCAGCCUCUGUGAAUGUAUAUAACAUAUCUCUUAAGGGGGAACUGUCUCUUUCCAUGACUUUUGGUAUGUUUGCUUAUCCCUAUAUUUGUCAAGUACAUAUUUAUGAAAAAUUAAAAUAAAUGUAGAAAUAGAGAAUUUUUAUAAAGUUAUAAAAUAAAUGUAGAAACCAGCAUGUCUUUAUCCUGCAACUGGGUGCCUCCUUAGCUCUCUGUCGAUCAUUUCAUAAACGGUGUGCUUUGCACAUGGCAGUCACCAUAGAGAAUGCAUGCAAAGAAGAAAAGAAAUAAAACCGUGAUUUGUAUUUCUCCUCUCUAUUUGCAAUGUUUGCUCUGACUUAUGUUUUCUGAACUGGAUCGUCAUUUUCUAAAUAUGUAAUUGAAAUUGCAGUGAGAAUUUAAUAUCUCGUGGAGGAAAAAAAAAGUUGCUACGUGUUCUAGGAGAUUUUCAGUGUUUUAUUCAGUGGUGUAAAUUCUACACGUUCACUUUAAAGGAAUACUCCAGACAUACACAACACUUCAACUUUCUAGUCUGUUCUCUUCUUCACAAGUUUAUAAGUGUGUCAAUUUCAAUAGAAAUCAUCAUUUUUUAUAACUCAAGGCUUUUAUAACAUCGUUAUAACACCCUGGCUAUUUUGGGAUGUAAUCAUAUGGCAGUAAUGCAGUACCUGGCUCCCAAGCAAUAAUGGUACCAUAACUAUUUUUGUCAGUGAAGUGGUUAGGGUGUCUACAGGGCCUUCAGAUUUUUAGACAGCAAAGAGGGACCGUAUGGAUGUCAUAUAUUGUACAAUUGAAAUGUUCAAUUUAGCUAUCUAAGUACUAAAUCGAAUGCUUGAUAAAUUUAAAAUACUAUGUUUCUUUCCUCUAAUGCUAUUAAGUUAUCUAACCUGCUAUGCUUACAGGAAGUUAUUCCAACCUUUGAUAUGGCUGCAAAUGAGACUUUCUUUGAGCGCUACCCUGAUUCUAUCUUGGAACAUCAGAUUCAAGUCCGCCCAUUUAAUGCUGUAAAAACCAGGAAUAUGAGAUGCUUGAACCCUGAAGGUAUGUUUUCAUUUGCUUUUCUCUAUUAUGUUAAAUGUUCGUGAAAACUCUUACAGAUGUUUUAUUUUUAAGCUUUGUUGACUUUCAGAUAUUGAUCAGCUGAUUACAGUUGGGGGUAUGGUUAUCCGAACAUCUCAAAUAAUUCCUGAAAUGCAGGAAGCGUUCUUUAAAUGCCAGGUGUGCGCAUUCUCUACCAGAGUGGAGAUUGACCGUGGUCGCAUUGCAGAGCCAUCUGUCUGCAAACACUGUAACACUACACACAGUAUGGCUCUGAUUCACAACCGCUCCAUGUUUUCUGAUAAGCAGAUGGUAAGUCACUAUUACAAUUUCAUGUGUAAUUAAUAUUUCUUUGUGUGGAUACAAUUCCAACUAUUGUUCAGUUACUUUUUGGGAUACUCUUGUUUUACAUGAUUUCCUACUAGAAAUCCUAAGCUGGUGUGGAACUAUUUUUUUUGUAUGUCUAGUGAACAGGAUUAUACAGCUACUUCGCUAUGGUUAGUUGAAAUUGAUGGGGGGGGGGUGUAUUUUUUUACUCACCCCUACUUGCACCAUCUUCUGCACUGUUUGCUUGGCUUUUUUCUCUCUCUCUCUCUCUCUCUCUCUCUCCCCCAGCACUCUAAUCUUUGCACAAUAUAUUUACGACCCUCUGUGAGAAUGGUGUCUAUUUUCCAUCAAAACUGUCUAAUUUCUGCACUCAUGUCGCUUUAACCCCUGUAUCACAACCCAACUUUGAAUUCUAUCUAUCUUUGCUCAGAAAUGCUUUAGGCUUGAGAAAGGGUGGUUCUCCCAAAAAGCUUGUCAUUACAAAAUUGUUAGUCUAAUAAAAAAGGUAUUCUAGAUAUGAAUUUCAUCAGUUUUUUACAUCUAUAUAUACAUAUAUAUCCAGUUUACAUUCAAAACCUUACAUUUGUUUUCUUAUUUCAUUUAUAUAUAUUUUUUUAUUUAUUUUUUUCUUUCCCUUCCCACUACUAGAUUAAAUUGCAGGAGUCCCCUGAGGAUAUGCCAGCGGGUCAGACCCCUCACACAAUUGCCUUGUAUGCUCACAAUGACCUUGUGGACAAAGUGCAGCCCGGUGACAGAGUAAAUGUGACAGGUACACCAUUCUAGAUCACCAUUUCAUUUUUGUGUGUAUAUAUAAAAUCCUAAAAUAACAAUUCAAGUGUCAGUUGUAGUUUUCUUCUGUCCUUCUAAUUUCCUUAGUAAACUUAAAUUCUUAACUCUUCCACCUCCCUCGAUAGGGAUCUACAGAGCCGUUCCAAUUCGAGUGAACCCCAGGGUCAGUAACGUAAAGUCUGUGUACAAGACUCACAUUGAUGUAAUUCAUUAUCGGAAGACUGAUUCAAAGCGCUUGCAUGGCAUUGACGACGACACAGAGCAGAAGUUGUUCACUGAGCAGCGUGUGGAAUUUUUAAAGGAACUAGCUUCUAAACCAGAUAUAUAUGAAAGGCUUGCUGCUGCUAUAGCUCCAAGUAUUUAUGAACAUGAAGACAUCAAAAAGGUACGUUUUUAUUGUAUGAAAGCUUAGUUACAUCUAAAAGCAUUUCAUUGACAUUCAUAGUUUGCAAGGUUUUUUUAUAUUUAUUUAUAUAUAUAUAUAUAUAUAUAUAUAUAUAUAUAUAUAUAUUACACAUACACACACACACACACACACACUCUUACACUUAUGUAGGGCCAACAUAUUCUGCAGUGUUGUACAAUAGGGUAAACAAGGCAAACAUUUAAUUCUAAUAAAAUACGUUUGCUAAAUGGGUACACUAGAUGAAGAGGGCUCUGCCCAAAAGAGCUUAUAUUCUAAAGGCACGAGGAGCAAAUACACGACGAUAAAUAAGGGAAUAAAAUGAUCUGUACACACCUGAAGGAUGGGAGGGGUAUUCUUGAGGAGAUUAGAAGACAUCAGAUGAAGUUAUUCUUUACUAAAGUGGUGAUUGUAUUUUUUGGAAGACUGUAGAGGCUGGGAGAGUUGAAUGUGAGAGGGCAUUUGAUAAGAAGGGGGCAACCUGGAAAAUUCCUGCAGUUGAGGCUGGGCUGGGAGAAUGGGAUAAUAGCAGGUGUUGGCAAACAAAAGCAUAUCUGCUAAGUAUGGGUACGAAUAUGGGGAGCUUUGUAAGUAACCACAAGAACUUUGAUCCAAGUCCUGAAUUAAAGCCAAUGAGGAGAAUGACAGUGAGGUUUGGGAGUUGCUAGACAUAAGAUAGUGUCUAAGACCUUAAUUAUGGACUGUAGAACGGCAAUCUGGACACUUUUCACGCCUAUGAAAAAGGCAGGAAACAAGCAUUGACAAUCAUGUUAGUGGCGUCCGAUGUGAGAAAGGGGUGAACACAAGGAAUGUUAAUGUGAAAGCAACUUUUUUUUUUUUUUUUGUGCUUGAUUUUAUGUAAGUAGUAAAGGAAAGAUCAGAUUCAAAGAGCCCACCAAUGCAUCACAGGUUAGUGCUUAUGAUUGCUCUGUUGACCUUAAGGGAAAAAGGCACAGAUGUAGCCUUAUCAGGAGGGGGGGGAAUGACAAAGCAUUCUGUCUUGGAGAGGUAUACUUUUAUUAAAGGGAAACUAUAUUGCCAGUAAAACAAACUUGUUUUCCUGGCAAUAUAACUUCCCCUUCUGUCAAGGCCCUCCCCCUCAUGUGAUGCAGAAGGGGAAAAUAACCCCUUCUGUUACUUACCCGGGUCCAGCGACAAUGUCCCUUGGCGCUGGCUCUAAUCUGCCGCGUUCGCAUUAGGAUUUCCACGUAGGAAAGCAUUAUUCAAUAUGGGGAUUCCGGUGACACUGGAAGUCCUCAUGCAUAGCGUGAGGACGUCCAGUGUCCUUUAGGCAAAAAGAGUAAAGUGUAUACUGCGCCCAGAAUUAUACGCACAUACAGCUGUAGUGAAGAGGGAUGGUUGAAGACCUCAGAAUAAAAAAAGACAAUAAUAGUGCAAUACAAUUUUGGCAAGGUGAAAAAUAUUAAAUAGCUGUAGAACAACCACUCACAUUUAGAGGAGCUAUACGAGAGCUCUGCUUUGUAGUGCGUGGACGGUAUAAUCCCCGUCUAAGGAUAUAAAAUGGUGUAGAUGGUAUAUGUAAAAAUAAAGAGCAGAGAGAAACUCUGAUAGUGUGGUAUGUACUGUAAGUUAAAAUAUAAAGAAGUAAUUUACUUACAAUCUUCAGAGCAAAGGCAUACUCUAGCUAUCUCAGCAUGGGUGGUAUUAUCCCCACCUAGGGAUGUAGUAAAACCAGGUAGCAGUCAGGAUACAGAACAGGAUACAAAAAAAUGCAUGUGCGUCUAAUUCUGGGCGCAGUAUACACUUUACUCUUUUUGUUUUAUUGUUACGCAAGGUUUUGGGAAUCCUCUUACUGUAUACAGCAGCCCUCACUUAUUUGUUGUGUUAUAGAGAGCGCCUAUUACUUUCUGUUUCAGUGUCCUUUAGGCGAUCAAAAGUCUCCUAAAGACCCGGAAGUCCCUAUUGAGGCUGUCUGGUAGACAGCCACUAUAGGAGGAGUUAACCCUAGCAGGUAAUUAUUGCAGUUUCUUAAACUGCAGUAAUUACAUGCUCAGGGUUAAGGGUGGUGGGCCAAGUCUCCGGCAAAACAUUAGGAUGUGGCAACAACAGAGUAUCUUUAAAAUUCAUAUAAAUAAUGUUUUGUUUUCUUCCCCAGUUUCUUUUGUGAAACUAUAAAUACUAGAGAGGAAGCAAAGUAAAAGUUAAAAAUAAAAUAAAAAACACUAUUUUAAAAUAUAUAUUUAUAUGAAUUUCUGAAUGCACACUGUAUUGCAGGUUUUUCUGCCAGACAAAUUAACAGGAAUGUCUUUACCGAAUGUCCACCUUGCAAUAAAAGGGUUUUAAUUAAGACUGUUGAGUGGCAGGCAAAAAGAUGCAGUUAUAAAUAGGUCAGUGUUUAACACAAAAAUACACUAAAUGGUAUUAAAGAAGAGUGUGAGUUCAUGAAAUAUAUCUGGCAGACACAUGAAUAUCUUUAUAACCCUUCUAUAAAUGAGACAUUUUUAACUAUAAAUUGAUUAUGAAGGAAAAGGGAUAUUAAGAACAGGGGAUGGAAGAAAUGUGUGGAGAAGCUGUGCAUACUAAGCAGUUGAGUGUUGGAUGCUUAUUGUUCAUCAAAUCAGGGGUUCCCAAUCCAGUCCUCGAGUACCCCCUACCAGUCCAGGAUUUAGUAAUUAUCCUGUUGUGUCUAAAGUGUUUUUUGUUUUUCUAAAAAUACCUUGGACACCAAUGGGUAAUCCAUAAAUCCUGGGCUGUUGGCUUUACUUGAGGAUUGGGUUGAGAACCACUGAUCUAAGUGAUAAAGUUUUCUAAACUAAAAAUAUUAAUCUAUAUCUCAUCAGCACUUGCGUCCCCAAACACGCAAAUUUAGCACUCUUCUCUUUUAUUCUUCAAUCCAGGUAAAUGGCAGUCAUAUUUACUUCAUUUUUUUUCCAGGGUAUUUUGCUGCAGCUGUUUGGAGGUACUCGAAAAGACUUCAGUCACACAGGACGAGGCAAUUUCCGUGCUGAAGUCAAUAUCCUUCUGUGUGGAGAUCCAGGCACAAGUAAAUCCCAGCUCCUCCAGUAUGUGUAUAAUCUAGUGCCCAGAGGACAAUAUACAUCAGGGAAAGGUUCCAGUGCUGUAGGUUUAACCGCUUAUAUUAUGAAGGACCCAGAAACCAGGCAGCUGGUUCUGCAAACUGGGGCAUUGGUUCUUAGCGACAAUGGUAUAUGCUGCAUUGAUGAGUUCGACAAAAUGAAUGAGAGUACCAGGUCUGUGCUGCAUGAAGUAAUGGAGCAGCAAACCCUCUCAAUUGCAAAGGUAAGGCAAUUGAUGGAUUAAUUUGUGUUUAUUGAUGUUUUGCAAUCUUGGAUUAUAUUAUGAUUAUUAUUGAAAGUGUAUCCUUGCUGCACCUACAUUGUCAGUGUUUAAAAAAACAAAAGCACUAAUGGAUGACUUGCAGUUGCUUACCCUGGUUGUUCUUGAUUACUUUGUGAAGGUCAGAAGAAUCUCAAAAUUUUGUAGAUAUUAUUAGAUAUAAAAAUUAUUUUUACUAAAGGCAACAGUAUAACUUAUCCAUUAAAGAACCAUUCCAUUCCCCUAAAUCAGUUCAACUUGCUGAAGUUAACGACAUCCUUGCAGGCUUAAAAAAAAAAAUAUAUAUAUAUAUAUAUAUAUAUAUAUAUAUAUAUAAUAUGACACUCCACUGCCUAAAUAUAUCAUUGCUGUUUAGUAGAUAUACCCAAUGUGAACAUGCAUGCCUUUAGUUAUGCAUUUUAUCAUUGAGGUUAUAUCUAAAAAGAACUUGUAAAACCUGCAGUUCAUUUGUCUGCUGUCUUUGCAAGCCCUCCUCUUCUAACACCACCCAGACUUUCUGUGGUUGUCCAAUCAGACUUCCCAGUGCAGCUCGAUGAGAAGUCUUUGCAAGGCAGGUGCCCUGGGCAAUUGCUGCCUCUUGAGUUCCACUAAGCUAAACAAACCAGGGAGUAACUGAACAUGUCUGCUUGGAACUCAGUGUGGUGUAACUAGGUUAGUUCAUAAGUGUCAAUUUCUAUUUAAAUCUGCACUAUUUGUAAAAAUUAGAAAAAGGGCUCACUCUUCACACACAAAGCUUUUCAGCAAGCUAAAGUGCAUUAGGGGUCUGGAGUGUCUCUUUUAAUGCCAAUAUCAACAAAAAAAAUUUCAGUUGUUAAGCAUACAGUGGAGUUUCCUGGCUUAUAAGUAUAGUUCAACCAUCUUGGGGUCAGUGUGUGUUUACUCCACUACAUUAUGUAUGCUUGUUUUAUUUAUUUUAGGCUGGAAUUAUCUGUCAGUUGAAUGCCCGUACUUCAGUCUUGGCUGCUGCAAAUCCAGUGGAGUCGCAGUGGAACCCAAAGAAAACCACUAUUGAAAAUAUCCAGCUUCCUCAUACAUUAUUGUCCAGGUAUUGUUAUAGCUGAAAUGUUUAGCCUACUGAUUUUAUAUGAACCUAGCUUUGACAAACAGCUGUACAAAAAGUUAGAUUCUUAGAAAUAUCCUCCUAAAAUAGAUUUGAACACAUGAAAAUUUUCAAUGUAAUAUUCAGAGCAUUUCACAAGACCAUGUUCCCUUUUACUUGUAAUGGUUGUAAGCCAGGCGCUAUAAGGUGUUAGUGAUGUGCUGUAAAUUGUGGCCUUGUCUGCUUUCAUUUUCUGUUGUGGUGUUCUUUCAUAUUUAAAUUCAGGUUUUUGGUUUUGUUUUUUUUUUUUGUUAAAGAUUUGACUUGAUUUUUUUGAUGCUGGAUCCUCAAGAUGAAACGUACGAUCGCCGGUUAGCGCACCAUCUUGUAGCCUUAUACUACCAGAGUGAAGAACAGCUAAAAGAAGAGCACAUGGAUAUGGCUGUGUUGAAGGAUUACAUUGCAUAUGCUCGCACCUAUGUAAUUCCUCGACUUAGUGAGGAAGCGAGCCAAGCUCUCAUUGAGGUAAUUUUUUUUAAGUUGAUAGCCAAACUAAUUUAACAGCUGUUAUAAUGCAAAACUUGAUAACACACACACCCACAAAUGACCAUUUCGAUUUUAUCACUAUGGUGAUAAAAUAAAAGGAAUUUUUACACACACGCACAAAACUCCUCAAGGUUCUUACAAAAACUUCAUAAAAAGACAAAAUAUCUACAAAUGGAUGGAGGAAAAAAAAAAAAACAUACAUAGAGUAGCACAGUUUAAAUGUAAGAGCAACGAAUGGUUAAUAGUUGCACUCACUAGAUUAUGACUAAUAUUAGACACUUCUUAGAUACUUGAGAUUUGGAGAUUUCCUCAAUGUAGCAUGAAGAGGAAAAAGGACACAAAAUAUGUGGCAAUAUAUCAAAAGUAAAAGUACAAUUUAUUAAUAAAAACUUACAAUUAGGACAAAACAAGCGAACCCAUCAGUGGGAACCAGAAACACCCCUUCAUUAGAUGCAAAAGUGAUGAUGUGCGGGAGGUUCUUAUCACUGAAAGUGCUUGUGCAGGUAGUCCUUUUGUAAAUCAAUUAAAAGUCCACAAUGGAAAUAAAAUCAAUAAAUACGCCUUGCAAUUUAGCAGCCUUACGCAUUUCUUCUGUCACCAGACUUCCUCAGGGGCACAAUAUCACAAUGGAUAAUAGCAGCAUAAGUGUGUCCUACCAAAAUGUCUACAUAAAUAUCCUGACAGUCUUUUCCCAGGUCGUCAUCAGCCAAUCCCGGUUGGAGGUGUCAGCUGUAGAUGGUAAAUUACUCAUUCAGCCGCCUCGUGGAACGUACAUACUAGCGUCAUUGUGCGUCCUCCGGACGGGUCUCUUACUUUAGGUUCGCUGGAACGCACAUGCGGUCCAAAGGAAACUUUGUCUUUUACACAGUGUUUAGUCCAACAGUUAAUCACAGUCCAUUUCCAAAGUGCUCUUUUCGGUCCAAAAGUAUUCCCGGUAGCUUUCUUUAUACAUUCCAGUCUACCUGAAGAUUAUAUUGCUCAAAUAUCCAAACAGAAAAAAGCAAAUGGCGAUAAAUGGUCAAAUCUACAUAUGAGAUAUAGUUAAAAUAUGCCCUAAAAAUUAAUUGAAAACAAUUUUCAUGUUCUAAAAUAGAUCAAAACAAUCUUUAGAAGUGUCAUAACCAACAGUGUGAGAUUUAUUUUUUGUGUGAGAUUUUUCAGGCGUCAAGUGUUACAAUGAAGAUUGUGAGUACAUCUCAGUACAAGAGAAAGUAUACAUAUUGAGAAGGAGGGAGGAUAAAUGUAAAAAUAUGAUUAGAAUAAUGUGUGUGUGUAUGUGUGUGUGUGUAUAUAGAUAUAUAGCCAGAUAGAUAGAUAUAUAUAUAUAUAACAAUCCGUAACCUACAAAAAGUAUUUUUUUUAAAAAAUAGACCAAGUCAAAAUUCACAUUUAACCCUUUUAGGUGUAAUGUGUUAAGUUAGUAAAUUCAAAAACCCUCCUUUUUCAAUUUGCCCAUCAGGUCGGUUCUCCCAGUUCAUCCGGUGUGACCUAUUCAAUUAUAACAAAUGAAAGGUUUUUAAAACUAAAUUUAGGGCUCUUGUUGCAAUGUCGUGGCAGUGAAUGUUUCAAGCUUUUUCUUUAUAUCAUUGAGGUGUUUCAUAAAUCUUAAAAGCGUGCAGAUCUACGACGCCAUCUAAACAUUAUAUCUGCACGCUUAUUAGAUCACGUUAUUUGACUCUAAUAGAUGGUUUUCUCCCUUUUUUUUUUUAUUUUUUUUUUAUUGUACCGCUAGCAGUUUUAGAUUAUAGGAGGAAGAGAGAGCCUUAGAUUUAGCUAUAAUACAGUAGAAUAUAAGAAACCUCCACUAUGUAGCUGUUUUUUGUCACUCUAUAGCUCUUAAGAUAUUAUAUCUUGAAGAUUUCUUCCUCUCUCCUUUACAUUGUGUUCUCUCUACCUUUAGAGUUUUUUUUAGUACAUACCUAUUAAAAUUUGUUUUAAUUGUACAUACCAACUUCCACUUCCCUAUACUUCUUUUUCAAACACUCUUUUGUUUUGGUGUAUUUUAACAAGCAUUUACUGUUUUUCUAGGCUUAUGUAGACAUGAGAAAGAUUGGAAGUGGUCGUGGAAUGGUCUCUGCUUAUCCCAGACAACUGGAGUCUCUUAUCCGCUUAUCAGAAGCUCAUGCAAAAGUACGGUUUUCCCAGAAAGUUGAAACUAUUGAUGUGGAAGAGGCCAAACGACUUCACCGUGAGGCAUUAAAACAAUCUGCCACAGACCCAAGAACUGGAAUUGUGGAUAUCUCCAUUCUCACAACAGGUGAUUAAUACAGAGCCUUCACCAUUUUAGUUGGACUAACUAUAAUAGAUAAAACUAAAUCCAGUUUCAUAUAAAUAAAAUUGCCCUCUUUCAGCUUUAUUUGCAUAGUUACCUUGGUUAACUGUGUCGAUGCAAGCUUUCUAUGAUAUGAAAAGAUUUAAAGAACAGUCACCAAUAUUUAAGAUAACAAUCCCUUUUAUCACAUUUUGAAAGUAAUAGAUUCUUUGUUAAAUGAAGUUUCUGUAAAAGAUAAGAAAACUCCAUCUCUGCCUUUAGUAUAUGACAGGAUACUAACGCCAUAUCCAUACUCAGUCAAACGGUAAUUGAAUUUGACAGUCAGUUUGCUGAUAAUACUGCAUUGUGCGAAGAAUGGAAGACCAUAGAGACUGUUGGUUUUCAAACACGGUCUGACUAAGGUGUAUGUAUAUGGUUACAGAUCUUGUCAUAUACUAAAGGUAGGGUUGAGAUUUUCUCUUCCAUGUCGCCCAAUAGUAAAUUCUCCUUGCCGCCCCCCACAAGUAUAAUUCCGUUCUCUAUGGCUCCCUUCCCUUUUUGCCCGCUAAUUGUAAUACCUGACUGCACCCUAAACUUCAGUACUAGCUAAAAUAAUAAAACUGCAUUGGCUUCUCGUUCAGUUUAGCACGAGGCAAGCUAAAAUUUGUAAUGGUACUGGGACUUGUUCAUUAAAGCUUGAUAGCCAGAAAUGGUGUAACAGAAGCAUUCUCACCUUUUUUUUUUUUUUUCCCCUUCAUAUUAUUUAGGAAUGAGUGCAACUGCACGUAAGCGAAAAGAGGAAUUGGCUCAAGCUCUGAAAAAGCUUAUUCAAUCUAAAGGCAAGACUCCUGCCUUAAAGUAUCAGCAGUUGUUUGAGGAUCUCCGUGGGCAGUCUGAUGCAGUAAGUUUGAAAUGUUGGACUAGUUUUUUACAUAUUUUAAGAAAUCUUUCAAUAGUCUUUGUAGUCUGUCUAUUUUUGAAUCCAAGCGUUGGAGUGUAAAAUACUGCUAAAAAAUAGUAACUCAUUUUUUUCCAUUUUCAGGCCGUUACCAAAGAUAUGUUUGAUGAAGCAUUGCAUGCUCUUGCGGAUGAAGAUUACUUGACAGUAACAGGGAAAACUGUCAGGUUGCUGUAAAAUGUGGAAUGGGAAAUCAAGCAAUAAUGUUUAUUGCUAUGUACAAUAAGAAGCAUGUAACAGCAACAAGUUGGAAUGGUCUACUACACUUUUCAUAGUAGAUGCUUUUUUUUGGAUAUAAUUUCCAUGGACCUAUUGUAAACUUUCAAUAAUAAACUACAGUGUUGAGUUUAAAUGCUUUGCAAGAAUUCUUAUAUGUAACUGUUUUAGGCUACUAUGCAAAGUUGUCUUUUUUUUUCUGUAUGAGUGGGGUGUAAAGUGGGGGCACAUCUGCAGAUAAACUUUCAUAUGGUGAUAACUGUAAUAUUCAAUAAAAGGAAAUAUUUUCAGUGUAUGGUGUCUAUUGAUUUUUCAUUUUGAAGCUGUUUGGGAAACCUGCCA